AUGAUUGCUAUUAGUUUAUUAUUAAUCUCACUUGUUAGCAGCGUUGCCGGUAAUUGUUUGGUUGGUGCUCGAUGUGGCACUGGUCUGUGCUGUUCAGCGUUUGGUUUUUGUGGCGCAGGUGCUGGAUACUGUGGUGGUGGUGUUGCUGCCGUCUAUCCCACUCGUGAUUGCCGAGUUGUAGGCUGCGCUGCUGGCUAUUGUUGCUCACCUUAUGGCUAUUGUGGAACAACCGCUCCCUAUUGCGGUGGUGCUGUUGCACCUGCUCCAGCUACUGGUAACUGCCGAGUAACUGGGUGUCCAGCUGGUACUUGCUGUUCGCAAUAUGGAUAUUGCGGAACUACAGCUGCUCACUGUGGUGCUGUCGCCUAUGGUAACUGUGGUUAUACAGCCUGUGGUACUGGCCUCUGUUGUACACGAUACGGCUAUUGUGGUGCUUAUGGUACUUAUUGUGCUGUACAAAAAUCGUCGAGUGUCAGUGAACCAGCAUCGAUCGAAGGUGAAUUUCAAGGACAAGCUACCUAUUAUAACGAAACUCAAGUUGGCUCUGACUAUUCUUCUUGUGGUACUGAACGAUCACGUUCGUUGGAUGAAGAAGAUCAGAAGAUCUACACAGCCGCUCUCAAUCAAAUUCAGUUCGAUCCUUACACUGUCGAUGGUAUUGCUAGCAAGAAUCCAAUUUGCGAAAAGAAAGCUUUAGUCAAAGGUCCACAAGGUGAAAUCGUUGUUCGAUUUGUUGAUCGAUGUCCUCAAUGCCUUGAGGGUGAUAUUGCUUUGACGGAAGAAGCUUUUCUCGCUGUGAAUGGUGAACUCGGCACUGGCCGAACAAAUAUUGAAUGGAAAUUUAUUUGA